CACCCUCACAAACAGUCUAACCGUUUAUAGUUAGGAGGGGAGGACAGAGCAGACACACUUUGACCGUGGAGAGAGACAACAUGCUGGGAGCUAAGAUGCAUCUACUUCUGCCGAUACUGCUUCUGGGUUUCGUGGUUAUGAACUCUGCUCAGCUCCAAUGUGACCCACUGACCCAGUAUGCGCAUGUGAACGGCGAUUGCUGCAAAAUGUGUGGUCCAGGGACCAGAAUGCCUUCCUCCAACCUUUGUCAAGAUCCUCGAUGUGAAGAAUGUCUGGAAAAUGAAUAUCAGGAUAAAUACACAAAGGCUAUCAAGUGUGACCGUCAGCCCUAUUGUGACCCAAAUAUAAACUUCCUGGUUAUUGAGCAUAAGAGCAAGAAGGAGCGCAGCACCUGCCUCUGUCAGGAGGGGUUUCACUGCUCCAGUGCUGAGUGCAUCACCUGUGUGCCACACACCACCUGUACACCUGGAUAUGGGGCUCUAUUAAGAGGCAACCAUUCGCAGGACACAGUUUGUCAGAAAUGCCCAGAAGGCAAAUUUUCCAAUGACAGCUCUUGGGAUGGUCCCUGUAAGCAAUGGACAGAAUGUGAGAGUGGAGACCAUAUUCAAAAGAGUGGAACAGACGUAUCCGACAACAUCUGUGAGGCAAAUCGGAAUCAUCUCAUUUUUAUCGGUGUUAUUGUUUCUUUCGUGCUUCUUGCUGCAAUUGGAGUUGCGUUUUGUAUUUAUAAAGGUCAACGAGAUGAUGCAAGAGGAAAGGUAAAGGGCUGUUUUCAAUCGUGUUGGGGAGAAAAUAGGGAGCUGCUGAGAGAGACCAAAGUUGAAAUGACACAGCCGACUGCAGAAGAAGAGCUGCUGUCCCAGCCGCAGGAGGAGGGCGCUGGAGUACCCGAGGAAAACGAGGACCAUCCGAGCUACGAGAAUGCAUCAGAUGCCCUUUUCUCUGAUAAUGGAAACGUUGUGACUCAAGACAUUGGGAUCUCGUCAAAACUCUCCCGACAGGAAUCACAACCACACACAUUGACAGGCGAUCCGCAGCAGCUGAACUCAGAUAAUAUUUGAUUAUUUGAAGUUAGGAUUGUUGAGCAUUGUUGCCCCAUUUGUACAUAAUUCUCUCCUCUUCUUAAUAUGUAUAUAGUUGCCUUUAGUGUUAGAAAUAACUUGUAAUGUGUUGAAAUUAUUACAUUGUAGUGUCAAAAUACUAAAAGUGUGGCACACUACAGUAUUUUAAUUUUAAAAAGUAGCCAUUUUUUUUAAGUUUGGUGGUAAUUUCUCUGUUUUUAUAUUGUGAUGUCAUCCGCUUAUUUGUAAAUUCACAAUUUUACUUUUUUUUUUUCACAACUCAUUAUGGUAUUACUUGUGCAUUGAAUCGGCAUGUUCAUUUAAGCUUUUUAUUUGCAUUAAAAAUGUGUAAAAUGUU